AUGUAUUCAAUUCAGACUUUUUGUCAGCUGGCGAUUGCCAGUUUCAUUCUGCUGUGGUCGGGUCAAGUUUCAGCUUCCACGUCUAAUUACGCUCCAAUUGCGAUCAAUCUACCGGCUUUUAGCAAGGAAUGUUUUUACUACGACUUGAUUUCUCAUGACGAUUCCUUAGUGGUCAGCUAUCAGGUUCUCACCGGUGGAAAUUUCGAGAUCGAUUUCGAAAUCACUGCACCGGAUGGAUCCCAAAUUGUCAGUGAGAAGCAAAAGAAAUACUCUGAUUUCCUGUUGAAGUCGUUUGGUUUGGGCCAAUACUCCUUCUGCUUCAGUAACACUUAUGGAACUGCAUUGAAGAAGGUGGAGAUUGUGCUCGAGCUGGAAAAGGGAGCACUGGGUGACGAAGCAUCGUCACCAAAGGAUGCGGUCGCUAACAACGCCAUCGAAGAGAUCGAUAGAAGUCUGACCAAGAUAAGUAAAACGAUGAACUAUCUGAGAGCCAGGGAAUGGAGAAACAUGUCGACCGUGGAGUCCACUUACUCGAGGUUGACAUGGCUAUCUCUGCUAAUUAUGGGCAUCAUGGUCGGAAUCAGCGUUGUGCAGGCCGGAAUCAUACAGAUUUUCUUCAAAAGUCGCUCUAGAAACUACGUUUGA